UAGGAAACAAUUGAUACCAGGAAUUUGGGCUACCUAUCUCACUUCUUCUUAACUUUAUAUGGUUAUCAUAUUACCAAAAUAAAUAUUUCUUAUGCUAGAUGUUAAAAUGAUAAAAGAGAAGUUUGUUGGGCGAAUUAUAAAUUUAUCAUAUAUAUUAAAUUAUUUCUCAUCUCUGAUACUUCUAUUUGAUAAAGAAUUAUGUAUAGUACCUUAUCAAUGAGAUAUUGUAGAGAUAUCUAAUAUAUCAUAUAUGAGAUUUACUAUGAAACUACGCUCGUCAUGAUUUGACAUAAUCAGAUAUUUACUUUUUUUUUUUCAAUGAAGAAAUUGGUAAGCAAUUUUUUGUCUAAUAAUUAUAUGUCUCAACAGUUUCUCAUAUAUAAGUAUGUAGUAGAUUACUAGUUUCGUCAAAAAGAUUUUUUUUCUUGUUAGUAAAGUAUACAUGGUAGCAUAUUAAUAGCAGAUACAAAAUCAGAUACCCAUUGACUGAUAUCUACGUGUCUUGCAACCACAAAGUACAAUCACAGAUUUGAAAAUUUGAACAAUUUUCACAGACAGCAUGCACAGAAAGAAGCCUUAUUUCUAAACUGUAAAUCCCAGAUUUCAAAACAUUGUCUUACAAAUAUUUAUUCAUAGACUAAAUUAACAAUAUUUUGCCAAACACUCAAUUGAUAUUUCUUUGGUAAGCUCCAAAAUAUCUGUACAAAAUGCUCAUAAAACCUUGUAUAAAACUUUACGACUAGUAAUAACGUUACUGUGGCAUGUGACAUUGAUAGCUUAGUAUUAAUUUUAAAGUACACGUUGUGUAAUCAACUCUGACGUGUAUAAAUGUCUUAGGGUAUUUGAAAAAUGAGGAAAAGCACUUAACUCUAUGUCUGAAUAUAACUAAACCAAAUAAACAGAGUUCCGAUUGUCAAAGGAAUUUUUUUUCCAGAAUCUACGUAUUACUUAUUAAAUAUAAAGGUACACCUUUUAUCAAGCUUUGGUGUAUUCAAAAUGUGUGCAAAUUAUAUUUUCUGUAACCUCAAAUCCACGCCACAUUGUCAUGUGAAAUGUAGAUACCAAUAUGAGUCCUUUUUUUAAUGAGUGUCAAACCGAUAGACCAUUCGAUUAUCAAAAUUCAAUAAUUAAAUGAUACAUUUGUUUGGCUUUGAAGAUUUACGUAUAUAUCCAAAUACUAUAUACUCCAAUAAUUAUGGAUGUCACUAUAGUAUUAGAGGGACAUAAAUCUGAUCAACUUAGUAAUAUUGGCUCCAGCGAUAAGCAACGAGUAAAAGUAGAGGUGAAUAUAGGAGGGGAUGAAAAAUGCUUAAUACAUAAAAAAAUGAAUGAGUUAGAAACCAAUAAUAUAUUAUAUUCUGAUGCACCCUCAAAACUGCACAAUGUUGUGGAUUGUAUAGAGGGCUAUAGAGAUAUAGAUCCAUGUCAAGUGGAAUGUUUCCUAUCAGACAUACCUAAGGGUAACCAAAAAGAAAACUUAAGUGAAACAAAUCUAAAGAAACUGCCAUGUCAUUUAUGCAACAUGCAAUGUAAUUUUUGUUCAACGCACGAGCUUUUGAAGCACUUGAAUAAAGUUCAUAAUAUCAACAUUAUUAAUGAAAAAUAUAUUUGUACAUGCAAAGAAGUCUUAUACGAUUUAGUACUUUACAAAGAACAUAUUGCUAAAUGUAGAGACAAUCAAGAAAUUCCAAAAACCUCACAUAUGAAGAAUAUAAUCGAAAAUAUCAAAGAAGAAAACGCACUAAUCAUUCACGAUCGUAUUUACGAAGAAGAAAAUAAAGGUACUAAUGAAUUGGAUUUGAUCGAAAAAUCCAACUUAAUAAUAUGUUAUGUAUGCUAUAAAUUAUUUCCCUGCAAAACGUAUUUUACCUCUCACCUGAAACCAAAACAUCCGAAUAUAGUCUGUGAUGAGAACUGGGAUGGAAUAUGUUACAAAUGUAAAAAGUGUGCAACUGCAUAUCCUAGUCUGGUUCUUGUACGUGAACACUUUUUGGAAGUUCACAAUAUAAUAUACAGAUGUUCCAAAUGUCAUGAUAUGUUCAAGAAUAAAAAAUUGUUGAAGAAGCAUUAUAAAUACAGCCAUGAAACCGCCUCAGAAAAAUCACAAGGUUGCAAUGCAUGUGGCAAAGAAUUAAAUAAUCUAAAAGCUCUAAGGACUCACAUUAAAAUGAAACAUGGCCGAAGUAACAGGCAAGGAUUUCGCUGUCGUCUCUGUGAAGACAAAUUCCAUACAAAAGAGGACAGAAAGCUUCAUUAUGAGAAAAUCCAUUGUGGAGAGAGUCCAUUCAUAUGCAUGGAUUGUGGAAAGGGAUUCUCUAGUAAAUCAGGAUUAUAUGGUCAUCGACAACUUCACAAAAAAGACCAACAAUCAACUUGCCAAUAUUGUGGAAAAAUUUUUAACAGGCGAGACAGCUAUCAUGAACAUGUUCUUAUCCAUGUGGGUCCUCGGCAUCGCUGUCCUUACUGUCCAAAAGAAUUUGUGCAGCGUAGCAAUCUCAUACGUCAUAUACGAAUUCACACAGGACAGAAACCGUAUUCCUGCACCUUUUGCGAGAAACGCUUCUCCGACAAGGGUGCUUGUAAUUCGCAUAUUCGGGUUCAUACGAAGGAGGAGCAAUGUGCCUGUUCAUAUUGUGGUCAAGUUUUCACCAAGAAACAAAAGUUGAAAUAUCAUAUUCGCAAACAUACCGGGGAAGGUUUAUUGAGUUGUGAGAUUUGUGCAAAAACUUUUACAAAUACUUUUGCCUUGAAGGAGCACAGAACUAUUCAUGAUAGGCAAACACAAAUGAUGUGUAUAGAAUGUGGAAGAGCGUUUAGUAAUCAAAAGUAUCUAGAAAGGCACAUGGCUACUGUACAUCCUGGUCCUGAAUCUUUAUCUUUUAUCUGUCCAAUCUGUGAUAAAGUUUUUUAUCAACAGUCCAGACUGAAAUACCACAUCGUAACGCAUACUGAGAAGAAAUAUUUUGAUUGUGAACUCUGUGGAAAACGCUAUAGCACCAGAAAGUCUAUGCAGAAUCAUUUACAACGGUAUCAUGAUCUCCAGAGUAAUGGAUUGGAAUAUAAGAGUGCUAAAACUAGUAUGCUCGAAGAAGUGGAAUUGAAGACUACAGCAGGUGUUGAUUGGAUAUCAAAAAAAGAUGGAUUAGUUGCUGAAAAGCUGCUUAAUGGAAACUGUGAGCAAGGUGAAAUUGGAACGACAGACGAUGGUAAGAAUAUAAAUUUUGCACGUGGCUCUUAUGAUGAACGACUGAACGACAUAGGGCCGCUCGCGAACAUAGAAUCCUUCCCAAAGAAAGAAGAUAAAAGUUUACUUGAUGUCAACUCCGUACUGAAUGGAUGGAUGAAUGCUACGUAUAAACAAAAUCUUUCAUUGACGUCCACCGGGAAAAUCAAUGGAGCGGAAAAACAUUGCCAAAAUAAUUGCGACAAAGCCUUAAAUUUAGUCAAAUUUACCGCACAAUCUGGGAGUAGUAAUGAAGAUUUAGAAAGUAGUACUUCUAAAGUACUCAUAACUCAAGGCCAGUAUUCACGAAACGAACAAUUCAUAUCUGAUAAUCAGAAAAUAAUUAAUGGCGGAGCGCUAACUUUGUUAUGUAAAAGAGGUAAAAUAAAUGAAGUUAAAUCUACCGGUUCAAACGAAACAGUGAACUAUAUCGAAGAGUUAAACGCAAACUCAUCAAAAGUAAUCUAUAAUCGUAGAAAAUAUUUGACAAAACCGAAAAAGUACGUUCCUUCCAUUAAUGUUGAGCGUGUGGAAAAGCAUGAAUUAAAGAGUGAAUUUGAGAAAAACAGGAUAGAUGCGUCUAAUGUUUUAUUCGAAUGAAUUAUAUUGUAUAUACAUAUACACACACAUCAUACACGGUGUAUUUAUCUGAACCAGAAUUGAAUCGGAUAAUGAACGAUAAUGUUUAAUCUUCGAUCUUAAUUCUACUAAGCCAGUAAUAUAAUAUAGCUAUUCUAAUCUUAUAGUUGUAUACUAAGAUUUUCUGCAAUGCAUCUUAAAAACUCAAUAAGGAUGAAAAAUCAGAAGUACCUACCGUAAGCUACCUCUAAUCUAAGAUGCCAUAUUUCUCUUUACGCCAUAGUCAGUAACAAAAUAUUAACUAGGCUAAGCAGAGAAAUCUCGUAAAUACGAUGGAUUAUUUUUACAACGCGAAAAAGAAUAUUAUAGUGUACACUUUAAGCUGCACUAGAUGAUUUAAGUGAAAUAGUUGGGAUCAAGAAGAACAAUAUGUGAACAUUAAUAACUAAAUAAAUUAAAAAAUGACAAUUUAUAUAUAUACAUAUAUAAUAGUAUUUUUUAAGAAGGGUAGUGCUUAGGACUUGUUGUCUUGAGUAUUGGCAGUUAUUAGGACACUCGGUAUUUGUCAGGGCGGGUCUGAUAGCAUCUUGGUACGUGAGGUAUACUGCCAGGACCAUAAAGCGGCACUCACACCGAAUUUUCCAACAAAAAUUUCGGAGUUGUGAUGGGCUAAGAAAUGGUUUCGUUAGAUUAGAUUAGGUUAUAACUCCAAUGCCACAUUUUUCAAGGUUUAGUGUUAAAAAAACACAUCGGCUUGCCGUUGUGAGUGCCACACGUCCUCAUAACUACCAUUUGACAAGUUUAUAUAUAUACGGACCAGACUAACAAGUACAAACCAAUGUGCCAGAGUAUCAACCAAAAUGUGACAGCCAAUCUAUUUAUUUAAUAUGUCUAAUCAAUAGAUAUAAGAUUUACAGCUAUAGUCAUACGUACAAAAGUAGAAAGGUACUAUUCUUCUAUCGCGUAUACAGAGCGUCUUUAAUACAAAGAGUGAAAUCAAAAUGAAUUUUGUAAUUUUUAUCUUGAGAAAUAAAGUAAUCGACCAAG